CAGUGUGUUUGUAGAGAAAAUAAUCUUGAAUUAAAUAAAACAUAUUGUGGUCCAUUGUUGGGAGCAUUUUGUUGGAAAAACGAAAAAUGUGCAACUAAUAAUGCUAUUUGUAUUGACAGUCGAUGUCAAUGCGAUGAAAAUUAUCAACAAUCUAAUGAUCAAUGCUUGCGACCCAUAAUAGGUUCAUACUGCAAAAAUGAUAAAGAGUGCGAACAAAUAAAGUUCGCAAAAUGUUCCCAAUUGAACAUUUGUAUUUGUUCAUUAAACACAAUAUUAAUAAAUGGGUCAUCAUGUCUACCACUAUUAGACGUACCUUGUAGAGCAAAUGACCAUUGCAAAGUCAAUAAUUCAAUAUGUGUCGAUAAUAAAUGUCAAUGCCAUGAUGCAAACUUGCGCCACUCUAACCAUGAAUGUAUAAUAUCUUCUUUAGACAUGGAAUGUGAAACUAAUUCAUUUUGUGAAAAUCUUGUACGCCAUUCAAUAUGCUCUAAACAUAAAAAAUGCAUAUGUGAUUUUAAAAAUUAUGUCAGAAGGAAAAAUGAAUGUAUUCUCGCAUUCAACGUAGAAUGUUCAACUGAUAACGCGUGUGCAACAGUCAAUGCUGUAUGUAUUAAUAAAAAAUGUGAAUGCAAGCGCAACCAUAUUUAUCAAAAAUCAAAAUGUGUUCCAAUAUAUUUGAAUGAAACUUGUCAUACACAUUCAGAUUGCGAUAAAAUGAGAUUUACAAUGUGUUCAACAAAUAACAAAUGUGCAUGUCGCGAUAAAUACACUGCCAUAAACAAGACAACUUGUGCGCCAUCUUUAGGGGCAGCUUGUACGGCAGGAAUACCGUGUAGACCCGAUAAUUUAAUAUGCAUUGACAAUAUGUGUCAAUUUAAGACGAAUGUCUCUAGUCAGUCAAAUCAUACAGAUGUACAUGUUGCAUUAGGCAGCACAUGUCAAUCAGAUGCAGACUGCGCGACUAUUCAAAAUUCGGGAUGUUCGUUCGGCAAAAAAUGUGUCUGUAAUGUCAAUACUUUAGCGAGCAAUAAAUUUAGUUGUUCUUCGACUUUGAACGGACUGUGUUCCAGUGAUAAUCAGUGCUAUCUUAAUUCAUUUCAUUGUUUGAAUAAUAAGUGUCAAUGCAAACAAAAUUAUACGUUAAUAUCCGUAGAUCGGUGUGUCGAGAAUCGUCUGCUAUAUUCGUGUAGUAAUCAUCUUGAUUGUAGUGAUCCUUGGCAUUCAUAUUGUUCACAUGAUGGCAAAUGUGUUUGUCAAUCGAAUAAUAUUGCAAUAAGUAUAUCUACAUGCCUGCCCACAUUACGUGGGAAUUGUUGGAGGGAUGAUCAAUGCAUGACCAAGGACUCUGUUUGCAUUGAUUUUCGGUGUACAUGCAAAUCUAAUUUUAUAGCUGUCGCUGAAAAUCUAUGUAUAUCUAUUGAUUAA